CUUACUAAAUUGUUGUUUUAUUGGAUAUAAAAAAAAUGAUCUACAUGUUGAUACUUUUUUUUGCACAUUGUAGGUUCCGUCAGGGAGGCAUAAUUCUGUUUUGAUAUUUAGAUGCAGUUCUGAAAGUUAUGAAAUUACUUUUCAUUACGUUCCUGGAUUUCCAAACGUGCCUCCUCAGUUCAGAAGUUCUCUUGAGAGCUGUUUUCAGUUGAAUUGGGACGCAGGGUCGUCGUUGCUUUCUGCAUACAAUGAUUACUGUGGUCUGAUCUUCAAGGUUGAAAGCUUUUCUGAUGAUUUUACAUUGGAAGUAUGCGUCAACAUGAACGAUCCGAACGGUUUCCCUCAUUCUAUAAAUUGUUCAAAGCCUGAGCAGUUAAAUAUGGUAUUAUGUGAAAACUGGAAUUCCGCAGAGACUUUUGACACUAAUUUACACAACAUUUUUUUCCCAAACAUGUUAAAAAGCAGUUGA